ACAGGGCCCUUGACCCUGGUAAUUGUUCGCGCACCGAUGGACACAUCUGCUCGCUGAACGAACCAAUGCUAGGUUUUGGUCAUGCGCGCAUGCCAGGAGAACGUCCUGGUCUCGAUUCACUAGCGGGGCUUCACGGUAGGGGGAACGCACAAAAGGGAACAAGCACAAGAGGAGGGGAUUCUCACGCGCAGAUGCUCCACAACGUCAAGGAACACAAGCAUCACGCCUACUUGUACUCUCGCUCAGGGGGCGCCUGUCAGGCUUGGUUGGACAACCUGUUGUCCAAGUACGGAGUGGUAGCUACCGACUUGCACACCAAGAUCACUUGGGAUGAUCUGAAGGCGGCGUGGCACAAACGGUUCCAGGUGGAGCCGCCAGAGAUCAAAGCCAUGGACAAGCUCAUGGUCUUCGAGCAAGGCACGCUGCCGAGUACGGACUGGAUCGCCAAGUACCAACGCUUGUCGUCAGUCCCAGACAUCCAGAUGGGCUUCAAGGCCAUCCGCCACUACUUCAUCUCAAGGUCAUGUCCGACAUUGAGCAAUGCCCUGACGCAUGUCGAGGACACCUUGACGACGACGGCGGAAUUAUUUGACAAGGCUGCGCAAAUCAUCGUCACGAACAAGGAGGCCAAGAACGUCCGUUCAUCUGCGUCAGGCCCGAGCAGGGACCAGCAUCGACCAAGAGUGGCUGUGGUCACAGCGGCAGCGCCGUUAGACCAAACCAGCGAGGCUGCGUCUGCCAGUGAAGGAGACAGAUUCGCAGCCGCCCUGGAAGGCUGUUUGCCGGGACCGCAAUGCGCAACACUUAGCGCUCAUCUCCACACUUACCUUUCCUUCUAUGCACCACCAACUUCGCCGACGGAUGACGAAGUCGCGGUGGGGGACAUCCUGGCAUAUACCACCAAGGUGGCCCGCGAGUUUCGCACGCAGCAGUACGAUAACAACAAUGCACCGCUCAUGUAUGUCCGCAUCCAAGUUGGGCAAGCGACCUGCAGCGCUUUGCUGGAUAGCGGCGCGACUCGCAACUUCAUGAGCCAGUCUUUUAUGCAAAGGGCUGGCCUUGGCGCACAAGUUCGGAGAAAGACAAACCCGACGGCGAUCAAGUUGGAGGAUGGAAAGACGCAGCAACUGCUCGAUCGUUACAUCGAGGCCGUACCGGUCUACUUCGCACCUCAUGCAUGCGAACCGGUGACAUUCGAUAUUCUCGACACGGACUUCGACAUCAUUCUGGGAAUGCCUUGGCUUGCAAGUGCGGAUCACACGGUCAACUUCCAUCSGCGGACUCUUAGCRUUCSCGACGCCUUCGGCGCGGAAGUGGCAUGUACUAUUCCUCUACCGCACUCUUCGAUCCGGUGCCAAGUGGUGACGGCCAAAUCAUUCCGGGCAACUUGCGCUUACGAGCAACCCGAGGAGAUCGGCCUAUGUUUCUUACGGACCGUCGCGGUAGCCGACUCUUCACCCACGGACUUGUCUUCGGAUCCCCGUGUGGUACGGUUGCUGGAUGAGUUCGCCGACAUCUUCGAGUCACCUACCGGUGUGGUGCCGGGUCGGCCGAUCUCUCACGAGAUCAUUCUUGAGGCCGGUGCCGUGCCGCCGAAAGGUUGCAUCUAUCGGAUCCAUGAUUUGUUGGCCAAGGGCUGGAUCCGCCCGAGUAGCUCCCCAUAUGGAGCACCAGUUCUCUUCGUCAGGAAGAUUGCGUAUCGACUACCGCAAGCUCAACGCGCAAACCGUCAAGAAUGCGGGGCCUCUCCCUCGCAUCAACGAUCUUCUCGAGCGGCUGGGCGGCGCAAAGUAUUUUUCCAAGUUGGAUUUGAAAUCGGGAUACCAUCAAAUCUCGAUCCAGCCGAACGAUCGCUACAAGACCGCGUUCAAGACACGGCGGCGAUGACCAACGAGUUUCGUGCAAUGUUGGACCAGUUCGUGCUGGUCUACUUAGACGAUAUUCUCGUCUACAGCCGGACAUUGGAGGAUCUUGGACAUCUUCGACGAGUGUUGGAGAUGCUCCGCCGUGCCAAGUACAAGGCCAACCACGACAAGUGCGAAUUUGUCCGGCAAGAGCUGAAAUACUUGGCCAUUUACCAGUUUCGAUGGGUAACGGACAACAAUCCGUUGGUCUUCUACAAGACACAAGACACCGUCAACAACACCAUCGCCCGAUGGAUGACUUUCAUCGACCAGUUCGACUUCUUUCCCGAUCACAUUCCCGGGAAGUCGAACCGUUUUGCGGAUGCUCUGUCACGGCGUCCGGAUCAUUGUACCGCAGUCCACUCGACCUUCGAGAUUGACGACGACCUGCGGAACAACUUCUUCCGCGACUACCAAGCCGACCCCGAGUUUCGCGACAAGUACGCGAAUUGCUCCUCUCCUAAUCCGGCUCCUUCUCACUACCGGAUCCAAGAGGGGUACUUGCUUGUCCACACGCGGGGGAAGGACCUUCUUUGCGUACCAAGUGAUCCUCACUUGCGUACACGGCUUCUUGGCGAGUUCCACGACGCUCCCGCCACUGGACAUUUUGGAGUCCAUCGCACGAUUGGCCAACUUCGCGAGCGAUUUUGGUGGCCCGGCCUUCUCGGCGACGUCACGCGCUAUUGCGAGUCAUGCGAGGUUUGCCGACGCUGCAAAUCCCGCAACCAUCGUCCGUACGGCGAGUUACGACCAUUACCAGUCCCGUUGAGGCGAAGGGAAGCGAUUGCCAUGGACAUCACCGGCCCGUUCCCCAAUCACAAGACCGGAGUGGAUGAGAUUCUCACAGUAGUCGACCGACUCACCAAGUUCGCCAUGUUUUUGCCUUGUCGCUAUCAUGCCAAGGCACCGGAGUUGGCCGAGGUUCUGUACGCCGGUUGCGUUCGCACCAAGGGUUACCCCAAGGAGAUCGUCUGCGACCACGACACUCGGUUCAUGUCCGAUUUUUGGUUGGCGCGAAUCAAGCGAUGGGGCUCAUCUCUCAAGCCCAGUUCAGCUCGCCACCCUCAGACAGAUGGUCAGACGGAGAGGGCGCAUCAGACCGCACAGGUUCUCCUUCGCACUCUCAUCCACCCCGACCAGAAAGACUGGGUUGAACGACUGCCGAACGUUGAGUUGGCCUACAACUCUUCCAUCCACCCGGCUAUUGGGAUAUCACCCUUCGAGUUCGAGCACGGCUCGCCGGUCACGUCACCAUUGGACACGAUUACUCCACGCACGACCGUGAGUGACGACCAUCUUCUUUUCUUGUGUCGGAUGCAAGAGCUUCUUGUCAAGGCACGCGACCAGAUGGCUAAGACGCAGCGGCACAUGAGCCAACAGGCAAAUCGCCAACGUCUUCCUUGCCCAUUCUGCGUCGGGGACCUCGUCUGGGUUUCAGCAGCGGAAUUCAGCCUCGAACAAGACGUCUCUCGCAAGCUCCUCCCAAAAUGGAUGGGGCCUUGGCCGAUCAUAGAGCCCGCUGGGGACACACCCGAAGGACCCUCCUUCACGAUUCAGGUGCCAAGCCACUUGCCUGUCUACCCAGUCUUUCAUUACUCCAAACUGGCUCUCUACAUGCCAGUGGAUCAUGACGACUUUCCCGGGAGACGUACGCAAGACCCACCUUCUAUGGAUGGUUUUCAGGAGGUCCGCGACAUCAUCUCCCAGCGACGCUUUGGCAACAAGCCAACUGAGUAUUUAGUGCAUUUUGCAUACUGCACACACCGAGCUGACCGUUGGUUAACCCGUGCGGAACUUCAAGCAACAGCUCCAAACGUUCUCGCACGCUACAAACGCAAGAUGCAAGGCAAGCCGGUUUCUUCGGCUCCCCGCCGCGCCCGCGUCCAGGUUCCACCUUCAGAUCGACGGCUUCGCCCUCGCCCCGGCUUGACUUCAUAAGGAGGGGGGGGUGUUACAUGCUGCGCGUGCACACGCAGGCCAUUUUGCAGGCCUGCGUCCGUUCAGGCUAAAAGC